CAAGCAGACCAGCAGACCAUUGGCUCAGACAACGAUGCCGAUGUUUUUUGGCGGAAACGGAAAUUCUACCGUGCCACGCAAAACCACUGGAAAACGCGGAGUGGUUGGCUUCUUUGAAAAUGGCCGCUUAUCACACAAUUCAAGUAAUCUGGUUGAAAAGGAAUCCACGACUCUUCACGAGAUAGCCGCUGUUUUCAUUGGGUAUAACAUCGAGCCGUGUGGGAAAGCCAUUGAACAAUGCGUAGUAUUUCUUAACAUUGUCGGCCCAUUUAGAAGCGGGAUCGAAACGAGGAAGUUUGUCGCCUAUAGUCUCAAUCACAAAAUCACCGAGCUGCGUAAAUUUGACCAGGUGCGUGUAUUGUUUAUUCGACGUAAAUGGGGACUGCAACUAGUGAGCAUUGAGAAACUACCGCCUGAAGACGAAUGUCGUAACCUAUUGAAAUAGACCGUCGUUAGAAGAACAGACUGCUUUUUUUCAAGAGAACCUCGAAGCUUUCAGAAGAGAACUGGCCUGAAUCCGCCAGGCAGCUGAUCUAAUUAGCACCUAAAUGGAAAAAAAAUCCUCAUCAAAAAAAUGUACGAUGUAAUAACUCAAUAUAAUAAGUGAGAAUGAUAUCAUUGUGUAAUGGAUAGGCUUCUGAAAUGGUUAGUAAAAGACCUAUGCCAGUGUUUCAAUGCGCGGCCUGUGGAAAGAGCGUGUUGCCCUAUUGUCUCUAUAUGGACUCGAAACUGAGCCUUUAUUUGUCGAGAGAAACUAUGGAUCACGUAUUAUU